UUUAAACACAUGGCAAGUAUUUUUAAUGUUGUUUUGGUAAGGAGGGCGUCUACAGUUGACUACAUAAAUUCAUACCUGGUCUCUUAUCGAUACCUUACGAAUGAAAGACAAAGUCACCGGCGGGAUUCGAACACAAAACAGAGAAGAUCACUACUGAAUAUUAAUUUACUUUAAAUACGGGCACAAAAGAGCACAUGUACCUACGUAUACGUGUUUAAGUGAGGUAUUAGCUUUAUGUUUAUGUACGUGGGGUUAUGUGUAGAAGAAACCAGUUGGGACGACGUUCCUUGUCUUCAGAAAUGUCUUGAAGCCACCCUAACCCGAUCUACAAGUCGACCAACGUCGCCACCACUAACAACAACUGUCCUUACAAUAUGCAUCAUUAAUUAAGGUUAAAAGUAAUAAACAUCUUGGAAGAUAGACACAACAUGGCCUCACCCAUCCGGACUUAUAUAACUGUCGGCAGACAAAUCUUACGGGGAAAUGGAAUAUUUCAAUAUUAUAGGCUGUCGUCAAAGCCAAGAAACUUCAUGAAUUUGUCGACUAAUUCCCUGCGAGGACACGGUGAGAAGCUGAGACAUUUAAAUUUACGAUUAUUAAGUACUUUGGCGGGCCUCGGGCUCUUAGGAUCUGUGGGCUUAAAGUAUUAUUUGAGACCAGUUCUUGCUGUUUCUAACGACAAGAACGAUGAUGAUUAUAAUGAAGACACUGAAAAUACUUCUAAUACAGUCAGCAAUCGUGUUAAAUACAAUUUCAUUGCUGAUAUAGUGGAAAAAGCUGUGCCAGCUGUCGUUUAUAUAGAAGUUGUGGCCAGGAGUCCUUUUCAUUCUGUUUUGUCAAAUGGAUCUGGUUUCAUAGUAAACGAAAAUGGUAUUAUUCUUACAAAUGCUCAUGUGGUAGCUAACAGAACAAAUGUUGUUGUUAAAUUACAUGAUGGGAGGAAAAUAAAUGGUACAGUCUUAAUAACAGACCCAGUGUCGGACCUGGCUACAAUCAAGAUAAAUGCUUCCAAACUGCCUGUCUUGAAACUGGGAAAGUCAGAGUCUCUACGGACAGGUGAAUGGGUAAUAGCAAUGGGAAGCCCCUUUUCUCUAGCAAACACUGUCACAUCAGGAAUUGUAAGCACACCAUUGAGAGGCAGUGAAGAGCUGGGACUCCAUCAUCAGAACAUGUCCUAUAUACAGACAGAUGCUGUCAUAAACUUUGGCAAUUCUGGUGGACCCUUGAUCAAUCUGGAUGGCGAAGUUAUUGGCAUCAAUACACUCAAAGUCACUACAGGAAUCUCGUUUGCCAUUCCUAGUGACUAUGCAAAGAAGUUUCUUUUAAAAACUGAACAGUUUCUGUCUAAUACACAUAAGAAAUCCUGGAUUGGUAGCAGCAGCCCGACAUUUGUUGCACAACCCCGUCACUAUAUUGGUAUCACCAUGCUUACUUUAAAUCCUUCAAUCCUGAUAACCUUGAAGGAACGCCUUAUUGACUUCCCCGAUGUUUCUCAUGGCAUCUACAUACACAAAAUAAUCAUAGACUCUCCAGCAGAUCGGGCUGGCCUUAAAGUUGGAGAUGUGAUUGUUGCCGUAAACAAUAAAAAUGUCAGUGAUUCAUCUGAUGUCUACAAAGCUAUUGAGUCCGGUCAACUUUUGACACUGUCAAUCUGCCGUCGGAGACAGACUUUAAAUAUUAAAAUUGAACCAGAGAUGAUAUAUGAUUGAUUGUGAAUUUCAUAUUAGUGGAAUUUGUUUGUGAUAAAAAAAAAAUGAAAUAAAUAUAAAAGAAAAAAAAACACUUUUUUAAUUUAA